AGGCCGGCGUCGCGUCAGGGCUGGCCGGCGACGGCGGCAGUGGCGACGGCAGCGGUGAUGGUGGCGGCCCCCGAGCGGGCUUGAGGGCUCCGACCCCGCUCCCUCCCGCGCCUCCUCGGGGCCGACGCGGCGCCGCGGGCUCGGCUUUCUGGGCUUCUGCUCCCUCCCCGGCCGCCGCCCGAGCAGACGCAGACGAGGCCCGCGCUGGCCGCCCUGACGCGCCCCGGCUCGGCCCCUGACGGCCCGGCUGCUGUGCGGAGACGAGGCCGAGUCGGUAGUGGAAAGAAAAUACUGAAGAAUAGGAUCUCAAGAUGAGUAAAAAGCCCCCAAAUCGCCCUGGAAUCACUUUUGAGAUUGGUGCUCGUUUGGAGGCACUGGACUACUUACAGAAAUGGUAUCCAUCACGAAUUGAAAAAAUUGAUUAUGAAGAAGGGAAGAUGUUAGUCCAUUUUGAGCGCUGGAGUCAUCGUUAUGAUGAGUGGAUUUAUUGGGACAGCAACAGGUUGCGACCCCUUGAAAGACCUGCACUAAGAAAAGAAGGGCUAAAGGAUGAGGAAGAUUUCUUUGAUUUUAAAGCUGGAGAAGAAGUUCUGGCUCGUUGGACAGACUGUCGCUAUUACCCUGCCAAGAUUGAAGCAAUUAACAAAGAAGGAACAUUCACAGUUCAGUUUUAUGAUGGCGUUAUCCGUUGUUUAAAAAGAAUGCACAUUAAAGCCAUGCCUGAGGAUGCUAAGGGGCAGUUUCUGUUCCAGGUGAAAUCCCAGCAUCCACUAAGCUGGUGUUGUCCUAUCGACCCAGCUGGAUCGUGUAACCAGUCUAUGGGAAGUGAGGACUGGAUUGCUUUAGUCAAAGCAGCUGCUGCAGCUGCAGCGAAGAGUAAAACAGGGACUAAACCUCGAACCAGUGCUAACAGCAAUAAAGAGAAAGAGAGAGAUGGGGGAAAAUGGUUUAAAGUACCUUCAAAGAAGGCAGAAACUUCAUCUUGCAUAGCCACAGCAGAGACUGAGAAGAAGGAAGAACUACCCACAUCUAGUGAACCAUUUGUAGGACUUCACAUAGACAGCGUUCCAAAGAUCGUCUUUCCACAGCCAGAGAGCACAUUAACAAACAAGAGGAAAAAUAAUCAAGGCAACUCAUUUCAGGCAAAGAGAGCACGACUUAACAAGAUUACUGGUUUGUUGGCAUCCAAAGCUGUUGGGGCAGAUGGUGCUGAAAACAAAGACGACCACACUGCAACAGCUCCAGUGCUGGAGCAGGCGAUUUCACCUAAACCUCAAAGUCAGAAAAAAAAUGAAGCUGUCAUUAGCAGUUCUGCCAACACUCAGAAACCUGCACUGUUAUCCUCAACUUUGUCUUCAGGGAAGGCUCGCAGCAAGAAAUGCAAACAUGAAUCUGGAGAGUCUUCUGGGUGUAUAAAAACCCCUAAGUCACCACUUGCCCCAGAAUUAAUACAAGCCAAGGAUUUGACGCUUGUAUCUCAGCUUUCUUCAGUGAUAAAUAAAACUAGUCCUCCACAGCCUGUGAAUCCCCCUAGACCUUGCAAGCAUAGUGAGCGGAGAAGAAGAUCUCAGCGGUUAGCCACCUUACCCAUGCCUGAUGAUUCUCUAGAAAAGCUUUCUUCCUCUUCAGCCACUGAUGGGAAAAUAUUCUCUAUCAGUUCUCAGAAUCAGCAAGAGUCUUCAGUACCAGAGGUGCCUGGUAUUGCAUGUGUGCCACUCCAGAAGUUGGGAUCCUGUCUCCCUCUUGAUUUAAGUUGUGGUUCAGAAGUCAUAGCACCUCGAGCCCCAGAUUCCUCCAUUACUGGUGGUGAAUGUUCCAGGGAAGAAAAGGAGACACCUUUGUUUGCAAAUACCUCCUCCAAAGUAGUGAGCGAUAUAAAAGGAGCUACAGCAAUCACUGGAAUAUUGAAAACAGAAAAAAAAGUGAAAUUGGAAGAAAAAAGCUCCACUGCCUUUGGUAAAAGGAAAGAAAAGGAUAAGGAGAGAAAAGAGAAGAGAGACAAAGAUCACUACAAACCAAAGCAGAAGAAAAAGAAGAAGAAAAAAAAGAAAUCUAAACAAUAUGACUAUUCAGACUAUGAAGACAGUUCCCUAGACUUUUUGGAAAGGUGUUCUUCUCCACUAACCAGAUCUUCUGGGAGUUCUCUGGCUCCGCGAAGCACAUUUAUGGAGAAAACUACAACCUAUCAGUACCCAAGGGCAAUUCUGUCUGUUGAUCUUAGUGGUGAAAACUUGUCAGACGUGGAAUUCCUGGAUGACUCCUCCACAGAAAGCCUGCUUCUGAGUGGGGAUGAGUACAAUCAAGACUUUGAUUCAACUAAUUUUGAGGAGUCUCAAGAUGAAGAUGAUGCCCUUAAUGAGAUUGUAAGGUGUAUCUGUGAAAUGGAUGAGGAGAAUGGCUUCAUGAUCCAGUGUGAAGAGUGCCUAUGCUGGCAACACAGUGUAUGCAUGGGGCUCCUGGAGGACAGCAUUCCGGAGCAGUACAUCUGCUACAUCUGUCGGGACCCUCCGGGUCAGAGAUGGAGUGCAAAAUAUCGUUAUGAUAAGGAGUGGCUGAAUAAUGGAAGAAUGUAUGGGUUAUCUUUUUUAAAAGAAAAUUAUUCUCAUCUCAAUGCCAAAAAGAUAGUUUCUACACAUCAUCUGCUUGCUGAUGUCUAUGGUGUAACUGAAGUACUGCAUGGGUUACAGCUGAAGAUUGGAAUACUAAAGAAUAAAUAUCAUCCUGACCUUCGUUUCUGGGCUUGUUCUGGAAAGAGGAAAGACCAAGGUCAGGUGGUAUCUGGAGCAGAGAAAAAAGUGACACUUCUGGACACAGCUAACUCAGAGGGAAAGAAAUAUGUACAGAACCACAGAGAACCACCUCUGAAAAUGGAAGGAACUUAUAUAACAAGUGAGCACAGCUAUCAAAAGCCACAAAGCUUUAGUCAAGACUGCCAGUCUCAUAUAGACCCUGGAAGCUCAGAUGAUGAUGGUGCUAGCAGUUGUGAAGAAGAUGGGGAACUCCAUUUGAGAGAUAAAAGCCAUGUCCUAUAUUCAACAAAAGAGUGUGGAAUGUCAGAGAAGAAUCCAGCUUCAGGAAAUAAAGUGUUUGUUUAUAAUGAUAAAAAGGGCAUGGAGGGCCCAGGAGAUUCACAUCUUCAGUGGCAGCUAAAUCUCCUUACACACAUAGAAAACGUGCAGAAUGAAGUCACCAGCCGGAUGGAUCUCAUAGAAAAAGAAGUGGAUGUUCUGGAAAGCUGGCUUGAUUUCACAGGGGAAUUAGAGCCACCAGAUCCCCUUGCAAGACUGCCCCAACUUAAACGCCACAUAAAACAACUCUUACUUGACAUGGGCAAAGUACAACAAAUUGCAACUCUUUGCUCUGUAUAACAAUGGUAAACACAGGAUGACAAGAAUGUGUCUGUCUUCUGUUGAAUCAUUUUUAUUGCUAAGCGAAUAGUAAAAAGCUUAAUGUUUGGUCAUUUACUGAUUUGUGACACCAAUACUAUGACAUCUUGGAAGUAUAAUGAAGAACAACUUUAUCAAGGAAUCUAACAUUAAAAAUGAAUGAGCAAACUGCAAAUGAUGUUAUCUCUGCCAAGAAUCAAUGAGUAAAAUACAAGCUGCACUAAAGGAAUGGAAUUGGCAGGAUUCUAAUAGUUGCUCUCAUGAAGCUCAAGAUACCUGUAGAGAGAAUUAUGGUGUGUUUGUAUAGGUUUUAGAAGAGAUACUCAUGUUUAUAAACCAGCAUUUGGCCAAAACCACACUGUAAGGAAAUUCAAGUUCUGGAGAGUUCUACAAGUUUGCUCUAAGAAUUGCCUUCUAGCAGUUGGAUCAGCUGCAAAUAAACUUAGGUUAUUUAAACUUCUGUAGGAUCAUGAGCUAUAUCUUGGGUGAUGAAUGUAUUUAAUCAGAAAACUGACAGUGGAAGUCUCACUUUGGGGAAAACAAUUGUGGAAUUUUAACUUCAUUAUGAAUGUAUUUUAAGAAACCCACCAAAUAAUUGGAAUUUAUUGCGGGCAUUGUGCUCUUUAAAAACAAAGUGGCUUACAUAAGGGCCCAGUGUGCCAAAUGUUGAUACUGCUGGAGAGAGGAUUUGACUGUUGCAGGAAUCCUUCCAUCCACUGUACGCAGUGCCAUUAACCCAUACAAACCUGUACACCACAUGCUGUGUGUGCUCUGUGUAGGUGAGUGGCAGUAUCUGGGCUUCAGCAUACAUUUGAUCCUGGAUACAUUUGGUGUUUGCCUUUAAAAAAAAAAAAACUGUAAACCUCAGCUGGGAUGAGGAGUGACAAAAAUAUCAAAAUAAUCUGUGGCUGUGGAUUUUCUUUCUUUCUUUCUUUCUUUUUUUUUUACUGCUAGUAGUGGAAUACUGGAAAAGCUUCAUUUAUGAAGAUAAAUUUUAUUUUAAAAUAUAAAUAUACACUCAAAAAUUUUAGCUUUGAUCACAAAUGGACAGAUUUAUGAAACCAAAGGCAACUAAGUUGCUUACUCAGCUCUUGCUGGAUUUUUGAGCCUAGGUCCUACUGUCUGCCAGUCCUGGUGCGAGUUGUAUGCACCCUCCAGUGCUACAUGGGCAGGUAUGUGUAAGUGAGUAUGCUUGUUUAAAUAGUCAACGUACAUAUGUACAUAAUCAGCACAUAUUUAUAUCACACAUAUCUAGUUUUAUUACUAUAGAUUAUACAAAUUGGUGGUUAACAUAAAAUGUUACCUUUUAACAGACUGUUUUUGAAACUAAAAGUGUAUGUACAGAUUUUUAAAAGGGGGAAGAAAAGACUGUUAAGAGGAGGCUAUUUGAUGACAUUACACUUGAAUAUUUUUUUGCCUCAUUCUGUUUAUCAGUUCUAGCAAUCUGUAUAAAUGCACUUAGAACUGAUAGACAGUGAACUUGAAUUUAUCUUUGAUAAGAAUAAAUGCCACUGUACAUUCAGAUAUUAUUUAAAUUUGCAAAACACACUGUUCUAUAUAUAAGGUACUGUAUGUAAAACUCUAUUAAAACUAUUCCACAUAUCUUAAAACUUCAGCUUGCCUUUUUGCGGCCUUAUGUUUUGAUGUGAAGAUUAAAAGAAUGUGUAAACCAUUGAGAAAAUUUUAUUGCCUUUUGAGAUUUUUUCAACUGACAGAUGUGCCAAAGAUUACCAUAUAUAAAAUAUAGUCCUCUGUAUUUACUUGUGAUACCUAAACUUUGUUAAAGAUCCUAUUGAUAAAAGCUUUAGCAGAAGUCAUUGUGGGAUAGUCACUUUGCAUAUUAAAGUAAGAAUUAGUGCCUAUAACCCAUGUGUGGAGUAAAUUUACUAAUGUGUGUCUUUCAAGAUUGAUGAUGUAUUGUUUGUUGAUUUGUUUUAAAAUAAUGGCUCUAAAAUUUUCCAUCAUGACUGAACCCUAGACAUUGAAUUUAUGUCUCUUUUUUUUUUUUUUCAGAAAUGGGGUCAAUAAUGUUCUUAGUCUGUGAAUAGUGGUAUUGCCAUGAUUCUUUUCAUAUAUGCAGAUGAGCUCUUCAUUCAGUGAUACUCGAUUUCUCAGUUCUAGUGACCUCAGUGAAAGUAAUGCAUAGUGUUGUAGUACAUACUAGGUGCCCCAAAGCAGUCUGAAAUGUUUCAAAUAUAGAGUGCCAACUGGACUCCUCAAGAGGAAAGUUCUACACCUCACCUCAUGUGGCAGGGUCACUUUCAAAGUACAGGCUUACUAAAAAUGCAGCGUACAACAUCUUCAAGCUGUGUGUUUAAAUUGUACACAAAAUAGCAGUGAAGUUCAUGUUUAGACUUAAGUCUCAUGCCAAGAAUGUGUCAUGAUAAAAUGUAAAGAUUCCAGCAUCCAAGAAAACACUAAAACAUUUUUCUUCCUAAGAAUUUCCAGUAAUGAGCAUUAAAUCUGUAUCUUAAGAUUUGAUCACAUCGUUAGCAGCCAACAAAUUGAAUGCUUCAUUGAUAGACUAUUAAGUGUGCUUCUCUGCUUGUUUGUCAGUGAAUGAGAAAGCUGAUUCUUCAAUUUAAAUAUUUAAAGAAUAUAUCAGAUUAUAUACACAUACUCAGUUAUUAUAGUACCUACCGAUGAUUGGUUGAGGCCUGUUAGCAGCUAGAAGGCAGAAUGUUUCUUUGAGAGAAUGAAGAAUGAAUUAACUUUGGAGAUGCAAAUCUAUUAUGAGAAGUGUCAGGUAAGAUUUGUUUUUUGUUUUUUCCUUUUAGUCUUACCUAAAACCAUUGUAUUGAAAUGUAAGCAAUGAACUGGAGAGUGUGUUUUCCUCAAAGAUAAUGUUUCAUUUCCAGACAGAAGAGACUGAACCUUGAUGGAAGGAUUCGACCUCACAAUUUCUGGCAAAUAUAAGUUGUACUUCCUCUUGGUUGUCUGUGGUUCCACUGACUAUUGAAGUAAUGUACUUUCUCCUUAAAGGAACUUGUUAUUCUUAUAUUUCCAGGUGAAGCCCCUGUUAUUCAGUUGUUUCAUCUUAAUGUUCAUACUAAAAUGUGCAUACUUCCUGUGUUCACACUGAAGCAUACUACUUCCUCCCCAAUAAACUGAAUCUGCUGCCAUUGUCA